AUGGAGCGCCUAAUACCUAUCGUAAACAAACUUCAAGACCUCUUCGCCGAGACUGGGUUAGACAGCCCAAUCGACCUGCCACAGAUUAUGGUGGUGGGCGCCCAGUCCUCGGGAAAGUCGAGCGUAUUGGAGAACGUUGUAGGAGAGUCCAUUUUUCCGCGUGGUACGGGUAUUGUAACGCGCCGCCCCAUCGUUGUUCAGCUUUACUGCACAGCGAGGGAGCGGUUGAAUCAGUCGGGAGCCCCGGAUAACAUGUUUAACGAGGACGGAAGCUAUGUGCUGUCGGAUGGAGCGCCAACGGACCCCCGGUCGAUUCCGCCGGGCGCGGAGAACCAGGCAUAUGCAGAGUUUCUGCACAAGCCCGGUGUGCGCUUCUACAACUUUGACGACGUGCGCGCAGAAAUAGAACGAGAGACAGAUCGCGUUACUGGAAAAAACAAGGGAAUAAGCCCGAAAGCGAUCAACCUGCGGGUGUACUCACCGCACGUGGUGAACCUCACCGUCGUCGACCUGCCCGGACUCACCAAGGUCCCGGUCGGAGACCAGCCGUCGGAUAUCGAGCGUCUCAUUCGCGCUAUGGUUUUGUCGUACAUAGAGCGUCCCAACGCGAUUAUAUUGGCUGUGCACCCGGCUACAAUGGAUCUCGCUACGAGCGAUGCGUUGCAGAUAGCGCGCCAGGCGGACCCAGAGGGGCGACGCACGCUGGGUGUCAUCACCAAGCUCGACCUGAUGGACAAAGGAACGGAUGCCAUGGAGAUGCUGACCGGGAAGGUUAUCCCUCUGAAACUGGGUUACAUUGGGGUAAUCUGUCGUGGGCCCGCAGACCUGCGAGCUGGUAAAUCUAUUCAACAGGCGCGAGAGGAUGAAAUCCGUUUCUUCCGCUCCCAUCCGGUGUACAGACGUCUGCUGCCACAGCUGGGAACGAAUACGUUAGCACGAACACUGUCAACGCUUCUUAUGAAGCACAUUCGUGACACGCUGCCGAGCAUACGCCAGAAAAUGUCGCAGCAGCUAGCAGAGUGGCGCAAGGAAUUGCAGACGCUGGGACCUGCGUUUGAGGGCGCUGACGAUCUCGGUGGCGCCCUCCUCAAUGUUAUCAAUAGAUACUCGUCGGAGUUUGCAAAAUCGCUGGAGGGCAACUCACAGCAGACGGUGAAUACCCAGGAGCUUUAUGGCGGUGCGCGCAUCAAUUACAUCUUCAACGACAUUUACGCGAAGGAGCUGCAGUCGAUGAAUGCGUUCGAAGGCCUCACUCGCGAGGAUAUCCGCACAGCAAUCCGCAACGCGACAGGUCAUCGCAGCCCGCUUUUCGUACCAGAGCUCGCUUUUGAGCUGCUCGUCAAGAAACAAAUUACCCACUUUGUCCCGCCGGCCUACUCCUGCGUUGACUUGGUCUACGACGAACUCGUGCGUCUCGCGCUGAACUGUGAAACAGAGUUGCUGCAACGCUAUGAGAAUCUGCGCUCCGAAAUCUUGGCUUGCGCGCAAAACCUGUUACGCGAGUUGAAACAACCGUGUCUGGAGAUGGUUCAAAACCUCAUCGCCAUGGAGACAUCCUACAUUUCCGUGAAUCACAAGGAUUUCAUCGGCGGCAACAAAGCAAUGAGUCAGCUUGUGCGCGCUCGCAUGGAAGAGGAAGAGCGCCGAACUAGAUCCGCGAAAGCUGCGAACAGUACGGACAACGCCGCGAAUAGUGCACCGAAAGAGAGCAACGCAAACGACAAUCGCAUUCUUCAACCUCGCCGGCGAAACCAGGACGAAAAUGCGAAGAAGAACGACGAUGCCCGUCGCAAGGAUGACAAGUCGCCGAACAAGACCGAUGCGUCGAACGCCGAGAAGGACGCGCGCUCUGACCGGAACCCGCGCGGUGACCCAACGAUGGACAACUUUUUCAAUGAGGCGGACGAGGACGAGGAAGACGGCAACGAACGCCGGAACCGAGGCUUACACACGCUCCCGUCGGUGCCGGAACACCUCAAAGCAGGCGAAGUAUCGAGCGACCGCGAUCGGGAUGAUAUCGAGCUCAUCCAGACGCUUCUUGCGAGUUACUUCGAUGUUGUGCGGGUCAAUAUGAUGGAUAUGGUACCAAAGGCAAUCAUGAGCUUCCUGGUGCUCCGCGCCCGCGACCGGAUGCAGUCGCGUCUGGUCGCUGAUCUCUACAAACCCGAACGUAUGAGCGAACUGCUCAACGAGUCAAGCGACGUAGCGGAGCGACGUGCAACCGCAAAACGAAUGGUGGACCUUCUCCAGCGCGGUAUGGCGGUGAUUAACGAGGUUCGAGACGUUCACGUCAAAGAGGAGAUUUAG